AUGCAGGGCCCCCCGGGCCUCAAGGGCUUCAGGGCGAGAAGGGGACUCCGGGGGCUCAAGGCCCGGCAGGUCCUCAAGGAUCCCAAGGCCCAGCAGGCCCUCAAGGAGAGCAAGGACCAGCAGGUCCUCAAGGAGAGCAAGGACCAGCAGGUCCUCAGGGCAAUCAGGGGUCUCCUGGCCCUGCCGAACAAUGGAACCGAACAAAAUCCUACCCCUGGUGGCGGAGGCAUUGCCCGAGGAGAUGCUGCCCAAAUUAACGCGGAUUUACCACCUUCUACCAGUCAAGGGGGCAUUGCCAAUGGCUACUCUGCACAAACGGAGAGUGCGUUGCCCAUUGUCGGACAGGCAGGUAUAGCCAAUGGAAAUACCGCAAAUUCAAAUGCAGAUUUACCUUUGGCUGAAGGAGGAAUUGCUAAAGGCGAUGCUGGGAAUACUAAUGCGGAUUUACCCUCUGCUACUGGCGGAAUGGGAGGGAUUGGAAAUGGCAAUACAGCACUUACCAACGAUAAACUGCCUCCAGCGAGAUAA